AUGGAGGAGAUCAGAAGGAUCGCCGAGACCGCCGGCAGCGCCUGCGAGUGCUACAUCAACCCGGCCGAGAUAAAACAGGGGAGCUGGCAGGAGGAUCCCAGCCACUGUCUGCGCAACUGCAAGGCGCAGUUUCUCCGGGGUGUGCUGCAGGGAUGGGAGGAGGAUCUGGGAUGGAUCGAAGGAUGCAGGAGCCUCAACAGAAGCGUCCCGGUUCGCGAGUUUUGGUCGCUCUACUGGUGUGAUUCAAUUUUUUGUGGAGUUGGGAUAGAUCCCACGGGGCCCCUUGGGCAAGACCCAACCGUCGACCUCAUCAUCAACACGUGCCAAAAUAUCGGGUUUCACUUCCUCCUCGAUCCAGGCCCGCCGCCCCAAAACUUCAGCACCACAGCGUACAUCGGCGCAAGCGACACCUGCCACCACAGCUUCUCGAACCACGACGACGGCACAACCAAGGCCCAACCCGGCCGUGGUAACUCCCGUGCUGACAUCCUCACCCCCUGUUUCCACGAAGAGCUCGACGCCAACAGCAGCACCAUCAACGACGUCCGGAAGCGGCAUCACCGGGCAAGGCAAGGCAGCGAUCGCAAUAUGCGCCGUGCUGGCCCUGAUGUUGAUCGUCUGCUUUGCCCUGCUCUGGCUCCGACGCCGAAAGCGACGCAAAGCCUCUUUCCACCGUGCACUUCGCUCGAGGCGAGGGAUAUCAUCGCACGAAGUCGCCCCAGCCGGAUCACCCACCCCUUUAAUCUCUCCGGCCAGCUCGGCGCCUACAGCCUGCAAUCGGGAGCAGGAGGCGGCGGUGGCGGCGCUAUCUUCUCCUCCUCCCCAAUCUGCUCGCCCACGACGAACAAACUCGUCCCGCGGCACGAACGUACCCUGACCCCGCGCAGACACCCAGCCUACUCCGGUAACCCCCCUCCUUCGCUCCUCUCCCCGUCCUCCAUGACCCUAGAGUCAACCUUCUCCCUUCCCGUGCCCGCUCCGGGUUCCGCCUCCGGCAUGUGGCCGUCGCCCACGCCAGCAGGCGACGGACACCACCACCAUCAUCACCAUCACCACCACCAACGGGGCAGCGCCAGCGCAAGCAGCUGCUACACGGGACAAACAGGAACCUCGACAGCGCACUCCUCCCUCCGGCACGAAAUCCCAAUCGCCAUCCCCUCCAUCGUCGGCCCCGGCACCGGCACCGCAAACAGCAGCACCAACACGCCACCGCCACCGCCACCUUUGAGUCCCCCGCCCACGAGGGCUUUGCCCCGUCCGCCACCGCCCGCUUCUCCGCCCCCUCCUCCGGCGUCGGUUAGGGGUGGUGGUGGUGGUGGUGUUGUCGGAGGAGGGGAUAAAGCCGCCGGGCUUGCGGGUAUUUCGCCUACUCCAACCGUGUUGUCUGGUUCACUGCCGCCGCCUGCUCUUGGUUUGGGGAGGGCGGUAAUGGGGCCAGGGGAGAGUAGUUUUGGUGGCGGUAAUGGUAUGGGCGGCGGCGGGAAGAGUCCCCCUCCUCCUCCAGCUCCUUCUCGGUUCGGCGAGAGUGCUGUCUCUGUGGCUGGCCAGCAUCAGCCGGAUUAUGGGCGCCCGCCGCCGGCGUACUCUUUUGUUUCGGGACAAGCAGCCAGUGACGCCCGCAAGGAACGGGUUAUGUCGAGAGGCAGCUGGGGGAGUUGGAGUGCGGCUGGGAAGGUGGUUGGGAGUGGGAGUUGUGGUGCCGGGAACGUUAAUGCGGGCGCCGGCGUGGGCGACUUGGCGCAGACUGAGAUCAGGGAGGAGGGAAAGGGUGGUGGCGACGGUGAGGAGAGGCGGUAAGCUCUAUGAUGAGCGAGGGUAGUGGUGGGACGGCGAUAGGGGGGAAGAUUG